UGUUGAAUAUUUGUCUCGACCGGGCGGAGGAGGAGGAGGAGGAGGAAGAGUUCAUUUCCACUGCGGGAGCACAGAAGGAAACCAGAAAUCAUUACAAGGAACCCAGUGUGCAUCUCUCAGCUACUGACCGUGAUGGCGACCAUUGUGAUGGAGAGUAUCGGGCGAGUGUUCAUCAGCCUGCAGCAGAUCAGGGCGGUCCCCCGGAUGCUGACUGAGGCCGCACCCUCCAUGCCCGGCACCGUGAGGGACACCGAGGUCCCGUACUACUUCAGGGAGCGCUACGUCUGCACCGGCUACCGACCGCUCAACCAAAAGUGGCGCUACUACUUCCUGUCUCUAUUCCAGCGCCACAACGAGACCAUCAACGUCUGGACUCACCUGUUGGCGUUCUUAGUUCUCCUGGUUAAGUUCCGGCAGCUCGCCGAGACCGUGGACUUUGUCGGCGAUCCCCAUUCGUGGCCCCUGUUGAUCCUCUUCCUGUCCUCCCUGACCUACUCGGCGUUCAGUGCGGCAGCUCACCUGCUGGCUGGCAAGUCUGAGCUGUGUCACUACGUCUUCUUCUUCCUGGACUACGUCGGGGUAGCGCAGUAUCAGUACGGCAGUGCCAUCGUUCACUUCUACUACGCUGUGGAUGAGAGCUUGCACAGACACGUGAGUGGCGUCUUCAUGCCCGCUGCCGCCGUCCUCAGCUGCCUGUCGUGCCUGGGAUGCUGCUAUGGCAAGUACUGCAACCACAGCCUACCGACGUGGGUGCGUAAGGUGUGCCAGGUGGUGCCCUCAGCGAUUGCCUACAUGUGGGACAGCAGCCCUGUGGCUAAAAGACUCGUGUCGCAGUCUGCAGCCGGCGACGACCCGGCCAUCGUCUACCACAUUGGCCAGGUCGCUUUCUUUCUCAGCUGCUCCUUCUUCUUCACCUUCCCCCUGCUGGAGCGCUGCUUCCCUGGACGGUGCAAUUUCGUGGGACAGAGUCAUCAGCUGUUCCAUGUUUUUCUGUCCUGCUGCACCCUGUGUCAGAUCCACGCGUCCCACCUCGACUACGUGGGCCGCAGGGAGCUGUACUCGCGUCUGCACGGGAGCGGCGAGGCGGCAGUCUUCGUGGGACUGUACGCGGCCACUUUGGCUGUGUGUGUGCUGAUCGCUGCCUUCAUGCUGAAGAAAGUUAAACGAGUGCUGGACGCCAAGUCCAAGUGAUGUGUUAGAUGUUGUAGGAUAUGCAAAAGCCUUAAUGUGCCUUCCCUUCCAGACUAACUGCUUUGAUGUAAAGUGAACUAAUUCUACUGUUUAUGCUGCUGGCUUGGCUUUGGACUCCCUGGCUGUAAGAGGCAGAUUACAAGAGCGAUACUUGAUGUUAGGAGUUUGUAUUUUGGCACCGAUUUGUUUUAGAAUUUGCGGAAUCAUUCACAGUAUCAUGGAUCAGCAAAGGGCGGUGCUUUAUUCUAAAAAAUGUUAUUAAAUCUUACAUAUUACAUAUCAGCAUGUGCUCAUUUAUAUGAUCACUGCUGUUUCUGAUAACUAUAGAUGACAUGCAGUCGGAUUCGUUCAAUCGUCCGGUUGUUUGGGAUUUUUUUCUUUUAUCCUACAAUACUAGGAUAAUAUGUGGAAUACCAUCGAAAAUGUGGAGAUAUUCAUUUUAAUAUAUUUUGUCAGUCACUGACAUUGAAUACCUGUUUUGAUAUUCGUGCUGUUGGCAUAUUUCACCUGAGCUAAUGGACUUAAAUGUGUUUUUUAAAUCAUUAUUAUGGAAGUUGCUUAAAGGACUUAAUAAAAUUACCUUCACAAUUGAACUUUAGACACUUUAAUCAAGUAACGUACAAAGAAUUUACCAUUUUGCAGUAAAGCAAAAAAAAUGACUACAUAUGGGGACUGUCGGGGUUGUGCCUUAGGAGCCACAUUUUAUAAAAUAUUUCACCUAAAGCUGGUGCUGAUUGAGUAUUCUCUUGUGAUCGUUACAGCCCUCAGCCCCUUAAUGCCGUCAGAAAAUGUCUGUUUCUUCAGCUUUAGGAUUUAAGUCAUAUGUGUUUAUGCGUGUAGGUUAGAAAUCUCUGAUGAGAUGUUUUCAUUGGCAGAUUUAAACUAUUUUGUUGUUUUUCUAACACACAUUCCAUUUUAUAGUACUUUUAAAUAUAUAUUGAUACACAGCCUUUAGACUGUUUCAGAAAGGUGGAUAUUUUUUUACGAGGGAUCUAAUUUAUAUUGAAGUCUUAAAAAUGGAUAUCUUAUUUCAGACAUGAGUAUACAUGUAGACUGUUUUGUGUAUAUUUAGAUGUCAGCAAUCAAUGUCUUAUUGUAAAUCUUGAUUGUGUAUUUUGAGACCAUAAGGGAAAUCUGAAUGUAGGUGUUACAUGAGAGUACUAACGACAGAUGAAGGUAUGUCUUUGUGAAAUAAUGACGCUAACUACUGACCACGAUGUAAACACAGUGGGAUUGAGUUCAACAAACAUCUCUUUGAGGACAGAGUGGCAGAAAUAAUCUUUUUUUUUUUUUUUUUAUAUAUAAAAAGCAUAAUUUCUCUCAUCGAGUUUUCAUGUGUGCAACAUUGAAUCGUUGUAUAAAACUCUCUUAUCAAAUGACUGAGAGCUUCCAGAGGGAUGGGAAGAAUUGGUUGGUAUUUAUCAGGAGCGAGCUGACCUUUGCACACUUUACGAGGAGCAACAUGUACAUGUUAUCUUCAUUGUUAUCUUUAAAAUACAGUACAAUAUGCAUGCAUCCCUCCUCCAAGCCAGGAUAGAAUGUGGUGUUGAUUACCAAACUGUAUUUUUAAUGACUUAACAGUCAGAAAUCAAAGUUAAAUGUCACUGAUAUAGUCUGAUCCAGGGGUCUCCAACAAGCUAAAGGUUCAAAGAAUAUAUAAGUUUGUUGACACAAAGUCACUUUGUUUUAAAUUUCUAUCCAAUCAAAUUCAUAAAUGUCCUGCCUCCUUGUGUAAUUAUUGGCCAAUCAGCUGUCAACUCAAUCAGGAGAGAAAAGUACGUUCAGAGACGAGACAGUUUAUUAUAAACGGAUGAUAAAGUCUUGGGCGUUCAGACUGUUCAGGGACGUGUGCAGUCGAAGGGCUUCUGCUCUGAGCAGCAGCAAGAUGAACAAAGCUAGCUAGCUUCUAUCAAGCAGUCCAACAUCCACUGAUGCUACUAAUGUAAUGAUGUUGGCAGCGGAACGUUUAGUGGAGCUUUUGAACUGUGUCAAAAUAAUGAUUUCGCUACAUAGCAGUAUUUUAAAGGGGGGAGCUGCCUUGGAUACUGGAAACAAAUCUGGUGUAUGGCCGCCCUUUUAGCCGUAGGCGAGGUGGCUAUGCAGAAAUUCACAAUAUCCAAACGUGUGUGCUUGAAUUGCCGCCAUUAACAUCCACGUGUCCUCACACAGCCGACGAAACAACAUGUUGGAACGCGUCACAGCCUAUGAAUAAAUGUUAUUGUGGUUUACUGUCGUCUGCUGUCAUUUCUUGUUUGUGAUUUAUUUAUUUUUUACGUUUGGAGUAGUAGAAGUAAAAGUAGUAGCAAUGAUUUAUUCCAGUCCUUGUUGAC